GCCGGCCGGAGCUUCCCCCGGCUGCAGCCUGCGGUGGGAGCAUCGCUGGGCCACCGGCAGCGGCGUGCGAGUCGGGAGCGCAGCCUGGGCGCCGCGCACGCGCCCGAAGCAGCGCGGGGUCGCGGAGGCUGCGGCAGGAAAGUCGGCUGUCACCUGCUGCCAGCUACGAGGUGCGAGGCCUCCCCUCGGCUGCGCUGCAGGAUGGGUCCCUCGGGGCUGCUGCUGGCCCUAGCCCUGCACCUGGCGGUGUGUUCCCGUCCGCACCGGGACUACUGCGUGCUGGGCGCGGGUCCCGCGGGCCUGCAGAUGGCCGCCCUCCUGCAGCGGGCCGGCAGGGACUACGAGGUGUUCGAACGCGAGUCGGCGCCCGGCAGCUUCUUCACGCGCUACCCGCGCCACCGCAAGCUCAUCAGCAUCAACAAGCGGCACACCGGCAAGGCCAACGCCGAGUUCAACCUCCGCCACGACUGGAACUCUCUGCUCAGCGACGACCCACAGCUGCUCUUCAGGCACUACUCGCAGGCUUACUUCCCGGACGCCAGCGACAUGGUGCACUACCUGGGUGACUUCGCGAAGCGCCUGGGCCUCCACGUGCUAUACAACACAAAUAUCACCCACGUGACUCUGGACAAGGAUCCACAAGCCUGGAAUGGCCAUUACUUCAUCCUGACCGACCAGAACGGCCAGGCUUACCAGUGCAGCGUCCUGCUUGUAGCCACUGGUUUGUCAGUCCCCAAACUGGUUGACUUCCCUGGCUCCGAACAUGUGGAGGGUUACGAGUCCGUAUCCGUGGACCCGGAAGACUUUGUGGGUCAGAACGUGCUGAUCCUGGGCCGUGGGAACUCAGCCUUCGAGACGGCAGAGAACAUCUUGGGUGUCACAAACUUCGUCCACAUGCUGAGCCGCUCGCGGGUUCGGCUCUCCUGGGCCACCCACUACGUCGGAGACAUCAGAGCCAUCAACAAUGGCCUGCUGGACACCUACCAGCUGAAAUCCCUAGACGGACUCCUGGAGUCGGACCUGGAGGAUCUGGCCCUCGUGAAGGACAGCAAGGGCAAGUUCCACAUCACCCUCAAAUUCUUCCUGGAGGAGGACAACAGCAGCCAGAGUGCCGACUCCGUCCCCCUCCCCCAGGAUGACAACGAUAACUUCGCCAUGCGGGUGGCCUAUGACCGCGUCAUCCGCUGCCUGGGCUGGAAGUUCAACUUCUCCAUUUUCAACCAGUCCCUCAGACUCUCCUCAGGGACUGAGUUCAGCAAGAAGUACCCGCUGAUCAGAGCUAGCUAUGAGUCCAAAGGAAGCCGGGGUCUCUUUAUCCUUGGGACGGCCAGCCACUCAGUGGACUACCGGAAAUCUGCUGGCGGCUUCAUCCAUGGAUUCCGAUACACAGUGCGUGCUGUCCACCGGCUCCUGGAAAAUCGGCACCAUGGCAUCGCCUGGCCGUCCACAGAGCACCCCAUCACACAGCUGACCAGCUCCAUCAUUCGGCGGGUGAACGAGGCUUCUGGGCUGUACCAGAUGUUCAGUGUGCUGGCUGACAUCAUCCUGUUGAAGGAGAAUGCUACAGCCUUUGAGUACCUGGAGGAGUUCCCCAUGCAGAUGCUGGCCCAGCUGGAGACGCUCACAGGGAGGACAGCGCGCCACGGGCUCUUUGUCAUCAACAUGGAAUAUGGCCAGAACUUCUCCGGGCCCGAGAAGGACGUCUUCUACUACGACCGGUCCGUGGCACACAUAGAAGACGCCUGGCGUUCGAACUUCCUCCACCCUGUCAUCUACUACUACAGACACCUCCCCACUGAGCAAGAUAUGCGAUUCCGGCCUGCACAGUGGCCCCUGCCUCGGCCCGUGGCCAUCCAUCACAUAGUGGAGGACUUCCUGACUGACUGGACAGCCCCCGUGGGGCACAUCCUCCCCCUGAGGCGCUUCCUGGAAAACUGUCUGGACACAGAUCUGCGGAGCUUCUAUGCAGAGUCCUGUUUCCUGUUCACCCUCACACGCCAGAGGCUGCCCCCCUUCUGCCAGCAGGGGUACCUGAAGAUGCAGGGACUUUCAAUCACCAAGAGCCUUCGGCAACAUGGCGUGGAAAGCAGGCUCCUGCGGGACUACACGGCCGUGGAGGACAGCAGCAGGGGGCCUGGUGACCACCCCUCGGCUCCAGAGCCUCUGACUCAGUCCCUUGACAGUAACAAGGAGGAGCUCUGAAUAUCCUCUUCCAGGCUGUUCAGAGCUUUUCCCAGGCUCUCUUCCACCUCUCCGGUUGCUGAGGACCAUCAGAGAUAACAGACAACAGGACAGGCUAUAGAGUGUCGAAGGAACAGGACAGGCUAUAGAGUGUCGAAGGCUGGGACAAUGGUCACACAGUGGCGUCCCUUCCUGUGCUGGCCCCUGGGUGCUAGAUGCAAGGUUAAGAGGCGGGGGGGGGGUGCCUUCUGUCAGGUAUGAGAUGCCUUCCACAGCCAGCCCAUGUCCAGCUAGGAGCAUCACUAAGCACCAUGUUGGUCUUGUGUGUCUGCUGCUAGGACCAACCUCCUUUCCCUUCUCGUUCACUCUGCCGAUGGGCUUGGAUCUGCCCGGGGAACGGCUCUCAGCUGAAACCCCCUCAUUUCCAUAGCGGGCAUGUUAGAACGAAAACUUGAGGUCUUCGGCCAUGGGGUAGACCGUUGGGAUCUCUGCUCCUCAGUACAGCUAUGGACCCGACUCAGAAGCAUCAAGCAUCUCCCAGGGUCCUCAUCCAGGAGGGCCUGCCCCAUGCCGCUCUUUCUUUCCACACCACCUCACCCUCCCUGGCACUGGCUCUCAGCAGGACUCCAGUCAAGCUGGGCAUCACAGGCCCAGGGCGCUGGCAUAGGACAGAGACAGCCAACUCCUGCAAAGCUGUCUACCCAGCUGGCUUCUCGGGAACAGGGCACCUCAGAGCUGUCCUGUGCCCAAGAUCACACUCCCAGGGAUCAGCAGCCUCUGUGUCCCUCUCCCACAUCGCUGUCUGGCAUCCUGAGCCAUGUCUUCCUUGAGACCUGCCUGGGCAGGUUUAAGGUGUUGCUGUGCCUGCUGCCUUGGGCAUGGAAACAUGGACACUUGCCGGCUCCUGGAUGCCUUGAUGUUCCUCUCUUCUUCCUUGCCUUUCCUUACCAGAAUCCAUGUUCAGCCCACAGACUGGUCUCACUGAUGAGUAAGCCAUGAGGAAGGCAUUGCCCACAAGGGCAGGUGGUGAUCACAUGAUUUCCCAUAGCCCCAGAGCGCAGGGACUGUUUCCCACCAGCCCUCUCAUUCUUCAUGGAGCCCACUCAGACGUCCAGGGACAUGUCAGCCCAAAGCCCCUUCCUGAGAGCGUCCUCUUCCCCACAGAAGAGUCUUGUCUGGGUCCAAGCCCUCUUGACCUCCUGACCUGCCUGCAGCCACCUCCCUCUCUGGUGCUUACCAGAUUCUAACAGGGCAAUCCAACAACUUCAUGUCAUCAGGAGCAGGAGGAACUGUGUACCCCUGUACCUACUUGGGGUAGUUUACAUGGGGCCAAACCUAACUGAAUCAUCCCUAACCCAGGAUGUCAGAGUCCCCAUAUUUCACCCAGGUUGAUUGACAAGCCAAACUGGGACCUUGCCAUCCCACCCUCUUUUCCAAAGCAUUUUUAAAUGAGUCAUUGAUUUCAGUGCUACCCCAUGAAAUCGAAUUCUGUUCCUCACAUCCCACCCUCCACUCACCGAGGCUGGCUGAGCCACUAGUUCAGUGCCUUCGCAAGUAGCUGGCUGACACCCUUGUAUAUGACAUCUGCUGCUUCCUGUCAUCUGCCAGAUCGUUGAUUCCGUCAAACUAUCAGGCAGGCUCAUUUGUUUUUAACACAGAGGUUCUGUUCUUGCUCAGUUGACUAGAGAUGGCUUCUACUCCCCUCCCCCAUAGGGUUUCACCAUGUCCUGGCCUAGUCCUUAUUACACAGCCCAGCCUGCACUUGGACUCAUGGUAAUUCUCCUGCCUCAGCCUUCCAAGUGUUGAGAUUAUAAGUUUGAGCCACAUAAGCUUUUUUAAGAUUUACUCUUAAUUAUGUGUACUUGUUUGUGUCUCUGUGUGGGUAUGUGUACAUGAGUGCAGGUGUCCAGAGGCCAGAAGAGGGUGUCAGAGCCCCUUAAAGCUGGAGUUACAGGAGGCUGUGAGCCAGCAUAUGUAGAGGCUGAGAACUGAAUUCAAGUCCUCUAGAAGAGCAGUAAGUGCUGAGCCAGUUCCUCCGGGACCCCUCCCCCAUAACUAUAUUAAAAAUAAGGCAAACUGGAUGUGGUACACACCAGUAUCCCCGCACUAGGGUGGCCAAGGCAGGAAAAUGAAGUUCAAGGCCAGCCUAGAAUACAUGGAGAGUUUCAGGACAGUAUGAGCAACUUAACAUGAUCCUGUUUCAAAAAGGAAAUUUUAAAAAGGCAAAAAUAGGCUGAGCAUGGUGGUACAUGCCUUUAAUCUCAGCACUCCCAAGGCAUAGGCUAGAGAAUCACUUGUGAAUGAGUUCAAGGCCAGCCUGGUUGACCUGGCAAGUUCCAGGCCAGCUAGAGCUACAUAAUGAGACCCUGUCCCAAAAAUAAAUGAAUAAUUUUUUUUAAAAAAAAAGCAUGAGCAAGAGUAAUUAUGGUGAAGGGACUGGUAUAAAUAAGUGAGAAAUACUAAGUAACUUUUCAUGAUCAUCUCUUAAAUGGUGCAGGGAAGGACUGAUGAGUGUGCCCACACAUGUGACCUUACAUGAGACGUGGCACCGGGUGAGAUGGAGCAGCAGCUGGAGCUGCUUGUAGCUGUGAAGAUAGGAAACCACGGGCCCUUAGCAGUGUCUCUGCUGGGGCUGUGGGACAAGGUUCUUUUUUCCUCUUUUGAUCAAGUUUGUGUUUAUUUUUCAAAUGUGAUUAUAUGCUACUGAAGUAAAAAUACAUUUAUUUUUAAA